AUGAAAUUGAAAUCAAAAGAAGAGAUAAAGGAAAUUGAUCUAAACAUUAAUUGGUUCAAAUUUAUAUAUGGCCAAUCAGAGGCAGCCUCUAAGGGCUGUGCGCCAGAGUGUCACUCGGACUUGAACAUUGGAAGAUUUCUCGAGCGCAAGGGAAAGGCGGCGGGAGGGAGGAAAGGGUGGAGUAGGCUUCUCCCGCGACUCCGCAGGCAGAAAAAACUUGCUGGAGGGCUGUGUCCGGCUCGCGGACAGCCAGAUGCCCAGAUCCCAUCUUUACAGAGAAGAUAUAUUUAUAUCUUGAGUGCAGCUGAAUUCAUUGGUAUUCAAUUAAUAAAUAACAGAUAUUACAAAUCAUACAGACCUUUAUCGGAACAGCAAUAA